UGGCACAGUGAUCGUCAAGACGAUGGUCGGCACCAAGGACGUCGAGGAGGACGACAGAGUUGGAGGAUACAAGGGGAGUAAAGGGCGGGAGAUGAGUCGCUUAGCGCAAAUGCGCUCUAUUCCGAAGAAGAGUAUUAGGAGUACGUAGGAGUACUAUAGGAGGAAGAGGAGGAGGAGGAGAAGGAGGAGGACGAGGACGAGGGCGAGGGCGAGGGCGACGGCGACGACGAUGAGGAUGAGGAAAACAGACUCUUUCUCUCGCGCUCACGCAGGGGCCCGCCUCGCGCGCGCGCGCUACGCUACACCAUCUCGAUGGGCAGCGUCGUGUCGUGUGUGCCUCUCGCACGGCGCACCGCGACCGCGACCGCGACGGCAACCGACACCCCGCUCUCGCUCAAUUGAGCUCUUCGCCGAUGGCCGAUGGCCGCCGCCGUCGUUACUUGUACGCGUCCAGGUCCGGCCGUUGUUCGGGCAACAUGUUAGCGAAGAGCGCUGUGAACCGCGACACUCCAACUCCAACGCGAACGGACUUGGCUCAGUCCUCUUCUUAGGAGUACCUCGAGGGUAUCACGGAGUGUAUCGAAUCGCACCGCACGAGCACCGCACCGCACCGCACCGCACCGCACCGCACGCAUGCACGCACGCACGCACCGCACGCACGCACGCACCCGUGUGUCACCCUCGUCCUCUCACGGCUCUGACGGCUGUGACAGUGCCAAACACAUAAAAUGGCGAUUUCGCGCUGGCUCGAGGCUCCAGUCACACAACUUCGGAGUAGUUCGGUACUUCGGACUUC